UUCGACAAAUUAUCAUCAAAAGUUGAUGAAAAACAGCAACAACAGCCACAAUUACUACAGCAAUUAUGUCCAAAUAAAUAUAUCCUUCCAAAAAACAUUAUGGCUUUGAAUAAUGGUAAUAUUCAAAGUAAUAUUUCCCAGCCUACCCAAUCUACUUCAAAAUUUGCACAUUCUAGUGUUAAUGGCAGUAAUGCUGGAAUGAGUUCUGUCAGGCAACCAUUAAGAGUUUUGCACGUUAAUGAUAAUAAUCAAGGAAAUAAUAGUUUGAUUAACAAUAAUCCAAGUUUGAUUAAUAGUAAUCCAAGUUUGAUUAAUUAUGCAAAUAUUAUCAAUGCCAAUAAACAGCAACAGCCUCUUCAUAAUAUAAAGAAUUUUAAAAAUCAUACUGAAGCUGAAGUUGUAAAUGUCGUAAUAGAAAGGAUAAUCUCUAACGAUGGUGAUAAAAUUUCUCAAGUGGUCAUCAAUAAUGAUGAUGAUAACCACGAUGACAAGUUACAUGAUGUUGAUUUUAAUAUUCCUCAAUUUAAUGAUGAUAAAGAAUCAGAGUUCGAGAUUGGUUAUUCCAAAUAUAAUAAUGAUACUUCUUCGAGUGUUGAUAACACUCCAAAUAAACUGGAAAAAUUUCCAACCAGAUAUAUUAAAAGAAAAUUAUCAGAUGUAGAUGAAAAUGAAAUACAAGCUAACAAUAGCGAGCUUUUUGUCCGUGAUCCAACUAUUAAACCGCCAUAUACCUAUGCUUCAAUGAUUGGACAAGCAAUUCUAACUUCUGAAAAACAAAUGAUGACACUGAGUGAAAUUUGCAAUUGGAUCACAAAAGUUUAUCCAUAUUAUAGAAAGGAGCAGAAAGGAUGGCAGAAUUCAAUUCGUCACAAUCUUUCUUUAUAUGAUGUAUUUGAAAAAGAAACCAACGAAAAAAUUACAAAAAAAGGUGGUUAUUGGAAAAUACCAGAGCAAUAUCGUGAUUGCUUUGUUAAUGGAAAUUAUGUGCAUGAAAAGAUGCCAACCUCUCGUAAAAGGAUAAAGAAAGUAGAGAAAGAAUUAGCCGAACAAAGAGAAAAUGCAAUCAAUAAUAUCACUAGUAUCACUUCAGUUGAACAUACUAAACAAAGAGCAACACGAUUUUUAACACCACCACCAUCAUCUUCAUCAUCAGAUCAA